UUUAUUGGAUUCACGUACUGUCAUGGGGGACCUGGGAUGGAUUGCUUUUCCAAAAAAUGGGUGGGAAGAGAUUGGUGAAGUUGAUGAAAAUUAUGCCCCUAUCCACACAUACCAAGUAUGCAAAGUUAUGGAACAGAAUCAGAAUAACUGGCUUCUGACCAGUUGGAUCUCUAACGAAGGUGCUUCCAGAAUCUUCAUAGAACUUAAGUUUACUCUGCGGGACUGCAACAGCCUUCCCGGAGGACUGGGCACCUGUAAGGAAACGUUCAACAUGUAUUACUUUGAGUCCGAUGAUGAGAACGGGAGAAAUGUCAAGGAAAACCAAUACAUCAAAAUCGAUACCAUUGCCGCCGAUGAAAGCUUCACAGAACUUGAUCUCGGGGACCGUGUCAUGAAACUGAAUACGGAGGUUAGAGAUGUCGGACCUCUAAGCAAAACGGGAUUUUAUCUUGCCUUUCAAGACCUGGGUGCUUGCAUCGCUCUGGUUUCUGUGCGCGUGUACUAUAAGAAAUGUCCUUCUGUGGUACGACACUUGGCUGUCUUCCCUGACACCAUCACUGGAGCUGAUUCUUCUCAAUUGCUGGAAGUAUCGGGCUCUUGUGUCAACCAUUCGGUGACAGAGGAACCACCCAAAAUGCAUUGCAGCGCUGAAGGGGAGUGGCUGGUGCCCAUCGGGAAAUGCAUGUGCAAGGCAGGAUAUGAAGAGAAAAAUGGCACCUGUGAAGUGUGCAGACCUGGGUUCUUCAAAGCCUCACCUCACAACCAGAGCUGCAGCAAAUGUCCACCUCACAGUUACAGCCAGGAGGAAGCUUCCACCUCUUGUGUCUGUGAAAAGGAUUAUUUCAGGAGGGAGUCUGAUCCACCCACAAUGGCAUGCACAAGACCCCCCUCCGCUCCUCGGAAUGCCAUCUCAAAUGUUAAUGAAACUAGUGUCUUUCUGGAAUGGAUUCCUCCUGCUGACACUGGUGGAAGGAAAGAUGUGUCAUAUUAUAUUGCAUGCAAGAAGUGCAUCUCCCAUGCAGGUGUGUGUGACGAGUGUGGAGGUCAUGUCAGGUACCUCCCCCAGCAAAUCGGCCUGAAAAACACCUCUGUCAUGAUGGUGGAUCUGCUCGCUCACACAAACUAUACCUUUGAGAUUGAGGCAGUGAAUGGAGUGUCCGACUUGAGCCCAGGAGCCCGGCAGUAUGUGUCUGUAAAUGUAACCACAAAUCAAGCAGCUCCCUCUCCAAUCACCAAUGUGAAAAAGGGGAAGAUUGCAAAGAACAGCAUCUCUUUGUCUUGGCAAGAGCCAGAUCGCCCCAAUGGAAUCAUCCUGGAGUAUGAAAUCAAAUAUUUUGAAAAGGACCAAGAGACCAGCUACACAAUCAUCAAAUCGAAAGAGACAACUAUGACUGCAGAGGGCUUGAAACCAGCUUCAGUGUAUGUCUUCCAAAUUCGAGCACGCACCGCAGCAGGCUACGGUGUCUUCAGUCGAAGAUUUGAGUUUGAAACCAUCCCAGUGUCAGUUGCAGCAUCCAGCGAUCAAAGCCAGAUUCCUAUAAUUGCUGUGUCUGUGACGGUGGGAGUCAUUUUGUUGGCAGUGGUUAUGGGCUUCCUCCUCAGUGGAAGUUGCUGCGAAUGUGGCUGUGGACGGGCUUCUUCCCUGUGCGCUGUUGCCCAUCCAAGCCUAAUAUGGCGGUGUGGUUACAGCAAGGCAAAACAAGACCCAGAAGAGGAAAAGAUGCAUUUUCAUAAUGGGCACAUUAAACUGCCAGGAGUAAGAACUUAUAUCGAUCCACAUACCUAUGAGGAUCCCAAUCAAGCUGUCCAUGAAUUUGCCAAGGAGAUAGAAGCUUCAUGCAUCACAAUUGAAAGAGUUAUUGGAGCAGGUGAAUUUGGUGAAGUUUGUAGUGGACGUUUGAAACUUCCAGGAAAAAGAGAAUUACCUGUGGCGAUCAAAACCCUUAAAGUAGGCUACACUGAAAAGCAACGUAGAGAUUUCCUGGGUGAAGCAAGUAUCAUGGGGCAGUUUGAUCAUCCUAACAUCAUUCACUUAGAAGGUGUAGUGACCAAAAGUAAACCAGUGAUGAUAGUGACAGAGUAUAUGGAAAAUGGCUCUUUAGAUACAUUUUUAAAGAAAAACGAUGGGCAAUUCACUGUGAUUCAGCUGGUUGGCAUGCUGAGAGGCAUCGCUGCUGGAAUGAAGUACCUUUCCGACAUGGGCUACGUGCAUAGAGACCUCGCUGCUAGAAACAUCUUAAUCAACAGUAACCUUGUGUGCAAAGUGUCUGACUUUGGACUUUCCAGGGUACUGGAAGAUGAUCCCGAGGCAGCCUACACCACAAGGGGAGGCAAAAUUCCGAUAAGAUGGACUGCCCCAGAAGCUAUAGCUUUCAGAAAGUUUACCUCUGCUAGUGAUGUCUGGAGCUAUGGAAUCGUGAUGUGGGAGGUUGUGUCUUAUGGAGAGAGACCCUACUGGGAGAUGACCAAUCAAGAUGUGAUUAAGGCAGUAGAGGAAGGUUACCGUCUGCCAAGCCCCAUGGACUGUCCUGCUGCCCUCUACCAAUUAAUGCUGGAUUGCUGGCAGAAAGACCGAAAUAGCAGGCCCAAGUUUGAUGAAAUAGUGAACAUGCUGGACAAGCUGAUACGUAACCCAAGUAGCCUGAAGACGCUGGUUAAUGCAUCGAGCAGAGUAUCUACUUUAUUGGCAGAACAUGGCUCCCUGGGAUCUGGGGCCUACAGAUCAGUAGGUGAAUGGCUAGAAGCAAUCAAAAUGGGCCGGUACACAGAGAUUUUCAUGGAAAAUGGAUACAGUUCAAUGGACGCUGUGGCUCAGGUGACCUUGGAGGAUUUGAGACGGCUCGGAGUGACUCUUGUCGGUCACCAGAAGAAGAUCAUGAGCAGCCUUCAAGAAAUGAAGGCGCAGCUGGCAAACGGGAUGGUGCCAUUGUAACUUCACUUGACUGUCAUUUCAUUGAAUGAAUGUUUCUGCACUUUGUAAACAAGCCCUGAGAUUUAUUUUAACAAAGAGGGGGGAAAGGAAAACUCAGUGAUUUCUAAACCUUUUGGGAGCAUUUCUUUCAGCCACAGAAUUUGUAAUCAGUGUUUUAGCUUCUUCUCAGUGUCGUCAUUUUUUAAGAAACUAAUAUGACCUCCUUGGAAUAACAACACAAGGUUAAACAUGAUCUUAUCUUACAACAAAAAA